GUCAAAUGAGAAAUAUUUACGUCAGCCACGUUGGAAGUGCCAACUCGGUGUUUUUAUGUGAAAAAGUGGCUUAAAAAUGAAGAUCAAAGAGUUAAAGAGGACGGUGAAUGUGAGCUGGUCGCCGGCGGAGCAGUAUCCGAUAAUGCUGGCGGCCGGCACUGCUGCGCAGCAAGUCGAUGCAUCAUUCAGUUCUAAUUCAAGCUUGGAACUAUAUUCUCUGAAUUUGGAGGAGCCUGGAAUGGAUUUAGAGCUCAAAGCUAGUCUGCAGACACAACAUAAAUUCCAAAAGUUGGUGUGGUCAGGAGCAGGAGUGGUGGUGGGAGGCUGCGAUGGAGGCUUGCUUCAGUUUUACAAUGCUGAGAAGCUCCAGACUGGCUCUGCGGAAGCACUUGUCGGAACUAGCUCAAAACACAGCGGCCAUGUGUCAGCAUUAGACAUCAAUCCAUACCAGAAGAAUUUGCUGGCAUCUGGUGCAUCGGAGAGUGAGAUCUUCAUCUGGGACCUGAACAAUACGAGCCAGCCCAUGUCCCCUGGCAACAGGAACCAGCCUUACGAUCAUGUGCAGGGCCUCGCCUGGAACCAGCAGGUGCAACAUAUUUUAGGGUCAACAUUUGCAAACCGUUGCGUCGUUUGGGACCUUAGGAAGAAUGAACCCAUCAUGAAACUUAGUGACGCGCAGUCGCGCACGCGCUGGCGCUCGCUGGCCUGGCACCCGGCCGUCGCCACUCAGCUCUGCAUCGCCUCCGAGGACGACCAGGUCCCAGUCAUACAGCUGUGGGACCUCAGACUGGCGGCGUCCCCGCUGGUGACGCUGGAGGGUCACGACAAGGGCGUGCUGGCGCUGUCGUGGUGCCGCCAGGACCCCGACCUGCUGCUGUCUGCGGGCAAGGACGGCCGCCUGCUCGCGUGGAACCCCAACAACACCAAGCCUGGCGGGGAGAUCGUGGUGGAGGUGUGCCAGGAGGCGGCGUGGACGUUCGACGUGUCGUGGUGCCCGCGCUGCCCCGCGCUGCUCUCCAGCUCCUCCUUCGAGCAGCAGGUGGCGGUGCACGCGCUGCUCGCCGCGCCGCAGCUGCAGACGGUCGGUGCUCCUGCUCAGAGCAGCAUGCUGGAGUCGUUCGGUGUGGCGGGGUCUCUGGGCGCGCUGCCGAGUGUGUCCCGUGCGCCGGCGCAGCCUCCGCCGCAGCCGAGCCGCGCGCCCGCCUGGCUGCGCCGCCCGCGAGCCGCCAAGUUCGGGUUCGGUGGCAAGCUGGUAACCUUCGACAAAUGCCCGCAAGAGGCUGGCUCUCAGAAGAUGGUCUACAUCAGUCAGGUGGUGAGCGAGCCGGAGCUGGUGGAGCGGGCGGCGGCGCUGGACGGCGUGCUGGGGCUGACGCUCAGCCGGGAGCCGGCGGCGGCGGACCAGCUGGCGGAGUACUGCCGGCAGCGCGGCGAGGCGGCCGUCGACCAGCAGGACCGCUACGUCUGGUUCUUCCUGCGCGCCAGCUUCCUGCCCACCUUCCGCACCGAGCUCCUCAACCUGCUCGGUUUCAAGCAGGACGAGAUCCCGGCCAAGUUCAAGAGCACCGCGACAUCCGGCGACGCGCCGCACGACCUCGCCGCACUCAGCAGAGGCGAGAGCACAGAGACUGAGGCUGAGCUCUCCACUGACACCAGCACUGACCUCUCGGACGCACACACACUGAUCGAGAGAAAGCUUGCAAAUAUCGAGCUGUCACCUUCAGUGUCCAACGUCGUCAUACCUAAUGCGGAAGAUCCUUCGAGCAUGAUCUGCCGCGCGCUGGUGUGCGGCAACGUGGAGGAGGCGGUGGAGCUGUGCCUGGAGGCGCGCCGCGUCGCCGACGCCCUCGUGAUCGCCGCGCUCGGUGGGCCCGAGCUGGUGCGCAAGGUGCAGCAGUACCACCUGGCGGGCAGCGCGCGAGACCCCGUGUCUCUGGUGGCGGGCGCGGUGCUCGGCGCGCGCUGGCCCGCCCUGCUGGCCGCCGCCGCCCCCGCCAGCUGGCGACACACCCUCGCCGCACUCGUCACACACUGCGACACCGACAUGUUGCCGCAGUACUGCGAGAUGCUGGGCGCCAAGCUAUCCCAGGAGUCGGAUCCCGCGCUGAGGUGUGCGGCGACGCUGUGCUACGUGUGCGCGGCGCGGGCGGACGCGCUGCCGGCGAGCGGGGCGGGCCGGGGUGCGGGCGACGCCGCCGACCUCAUACGUCGAGCCGAGCUGGCGCUGCUGCUGCGCUGCGCCGCGGAGACUCGCGGCAGAGAACAGAAGGAGGACACGACGUCAGACUCGCUGCAGGAGUACGCGUACCGUCUGGCUGAGCAGGGCUGUCUGCAGAGUGCGCUGGGGGCGCUGCGCGGUGCGCGCUGUGACCUCGCCGACAGGCUGCAGCACGCGCUGGGCAUGCGUCGUCAGCACCACCAGCCGCCCCAGCAGCCGCACCACCAGCCGCAGCCCGCGCGCGCCCGCACUCUGAGCGCACACAGCGCACACAGCGCGCACUCGCAGCCCCAGCCGCACUCGUACCCCCAGCACCAUCAGCACCGCCAGCACGUCACACACAACGACAUCGCCGGCGCCUUCGGCUCGAGUGUGCCGGUGGCAUCUGAUGCCGGCAGCUGGCAGGCCCAGCAGCCGCGCCCGCCCAGCGUGGGCCCCCACACCGCGCACUCAGGUGGAAUAAUGAGUCGUUCCAAAUAUAAAGUGGACCCCUCGGUGCAAGCCCCCAACUACAACCAGUACAGUUACAACAACCCCGUGACCUCACAGCCGCACGCGUACGCCGGCUACAACAGCCCGCCGCCCGACCACAACGCAAUGCCCUACUCCAGGACGCCCGCCAACACCAUCAACCCCAUCAACCCCGCUCCUCUCAACCCCACGAACCCACUCAACGCGGCACCCCUGAACCCACUGAUACCAGCACCGAUGAACCCACUCAAUCCCGCACAAAUGAAUUCACUAAAUCAACCAAUGAACCCCAUGAUGAAUCCACUGAACCCUGCUGCGAUGAAUCCGAUGCAGCCGACUGCCAACGGCGGCUACGCGGCACACGCGGGUAUGGACCCCGGGCCCCCCGCGCCCGCCGCACCCCCCGCACCCCCCGCACCGCCCCGCAGCGUCGCGCCGGGCUGGAACGACCCGCCCAUGAUGUCUUCUAAACCAAAGCUAAAGCAAGAGGUGACCGCGCAAGCGCCCAUCACUCACCCGCUAUUCGGGGCGGAGCCUCCGCAGCAUGUGCCUCUGAACCCGCAGGGCUAUGCCCCCGCGCCGGCGCCCGGCUUCUACUCCGACCAGCAAUAUCCCCAGCAGCAGUACCAACAGCAGCCCGUUUACAAUCAGCAGGCGGAGCCAGCGCCGGCGCCGGCACCCGCGCCUGCGCCCGCGCCGGUGCAGAAGCCGCCGCUGCCGGAGCAGUACGCGGUGCUGCAGACAGUGUUCGACUCGCUGCGGGCCGAGUGCUCGCAGCACGCCGCCAACCCGCAAAUGAAGAGGAAGCUGGACGACGUACAGAGAAGACUUGAGACGUUGUACGACCUGCUGCGGGAAUACCGGCUGUCGGAGAGCGCGGUGACGUCGCUGCGGGAGUGCGCGCAGUGUGUGCAGGCGCGCGAGUUCCCGCACGCGCUGCAGUGCGCCACCGCGCUGGCCACCGGAGUGGACUUCGCAGCCGCCGCAGGCUUCCUGCCCGGACUCAAGCUGCUGCUGCAGCUCUCGCACCAGCUGCUACCUCAGGUCCAUCGAUGAGCACCACCAGCAUCACUAGCCUCCACUCCGACAUAACACGUUACAACUUCGGUCGACUGAAGAUAUUCAAUCUAAUAUUG